AUGGACGUAAACAAUGAGAGUUCUGGGACAGACUUCAUCCUUCUGGGGUUUUCUGACAGACCCCAACUAGAACGCAUCAUCUCCCUGGUGGUUGUCAUCUCCUAUCUCGUGACUCUGGUGGGAAACUCGACCAUCAUCCUGGUGUCUCACCUGGACGCCCAGCUCCACACGCCCGUGUACUUCUUCCUCUCCAACCUGUCGCUCUUGGAUCUCUGCUAUACAACCACCAUUGUCCCCCAGAUGCUGGUGAAUAUGUGGGGGCCAAAGAGGUCGAUCACAUACGGAGGGUGUGUGCUCCAGUUCUUCAUUGCCCUGGACCUGGGCGCCACAGAGUGUCUGCUCUUGGCUGUGAUGGCCUAUGACCGCUAUGCUGCUGUGUGCCAGCCUCUGCACUACAUGGUGAUCAUGCACCCCCAGCUAUGCCACAAGAUGGUCAUAACUUCCUGGCUGGGUGGCCUUGGAAGUGCCAUAGUUAUCUGCUCCUUGACUUUGAAAUUGCCAAGAUGUGGACACCGAAAAGUGGAUAAUUUUUUCUGCGAGAUGCCAGCGUUGAUCAAGAUGGCUUGUGCUUAUUCCAAAGUCAUUGAGGUGGUAGUUUUCACUCUUGGAGUGGUGUUUCUCCUAGUUCCUCUGUCACUGAUUCUUGUCUCCUACGGGGUCAUCACCCGCGCCGUGAUGAGAAUCAAGUCUGAAGGAAGAUGGAGAAAACUCCUCAACACCUGCGGUUCCCACCUCACCGUGGUGACUCUCUUCUACGGAACACUCAUCUCUAUGUACAUGAAGCCCCAGAGUAACAGCACAGCCCCCAACGAGGGCAAGUUCCUGACUCUCUUCUACACCAUCAUCACUCCCAGCCUGAACCCUCUGAUCUACACGCUGAGAAACAAAGACGUCAAGAGUGCAGUCAAGAGGCUGCUGUUGGCAAAAAAAUGCUCAGCACAGCUGUGA